AUGAAUUUCGACAUAGUGCAACGACGUCUGAGUCUAGCGGAUGAUGUUGUAGAUUCGGACUCGCCCAUGCAGGAACAGGACGAGCUUCCCAUGACGCAAAUACCGGGCGACUCCAGUGCGAACGUGCUCAUAAGCACUCAGGUGCAAAGCAAACUGGAUGAAAUGGAACUGAAAAAAGUUAUGAAAAAGAACCUUACUCAGUUCGCUUUUGAGUCAUUAGGCGCAACAGAGAGCGCUCCGCCUAGCAGGGCUGCAACACCUCCUGCUAAAGCCACUAAGCGAAAGAAGUCUACGAAAGCGGCUGGCCGCACAAGCACAGGCACUGGCAAAAAGCGCAAAAGGACACCAAGUUCUAUUAAAAGUAUUACUCAGUUCAAUACAGAGAAUUACGAGUCGCUAGCUGACAACCGCCGAAGCCGCCAUGUGGUAUCUCUUUUAUCGGGCAAAAAAAAGAAGAUUAAAGACAUCAUAGACCGCUUGCAAGUAGAGGAUGCCAGUGGUUCACCCGGCCCAUCCAAAAGUCACUUCUCAACUUACAGCCCCCACGAAUGGUCCCACAUUCUUCAGCUUCUCAAAUCCAAGUUCCCUAAGUGCCCGCCUGGUCAAGUCGAAGCUGUAUACAAAUACGUUUACGGCGGAGCCGAAAAAGAUAACGUGUGGUAUUCAUCGCAAAUGCCGCCGUCUGACCCUGAAACUCAAGCGUCCCAAGAAUUCCACUACAAUGCUCAGCAACCGAUGGUUUUCAGCUUAUCUCAAGCGGUAGAAGAGGAGUUUGUCGACGCCGAGUCACCGGCAUUAAUCUCGGAAAGUUUCGGAAGGGAGCAAAUGAAAGGCCCCUCUUUCCUAGAUGAACAGUGCAUUUCAGACACAACGGAUGAGACUGGUGUUGAACUUAAAAUCGACGAGGACGUUGCCCGAGCUUUUAGGACCCGAAUGCUUCAGCCCUACUGGCUCCGAGAGGAUGUUAAAAUGAAGGAACAACCUGGAGUAUCUGGAGAUAAGUUGAUGAAAAGUUCCAGCGGCGCGGCCCGCCCAAAAGAACAGCGCUGGCUUCAUUUAUCUUAUAACGGUGUUGAUGAUGCUACCAAAAAUUUCCCCAAAUCCCCAACGUCCACACCAGAACCUCGCUCCGGGCCGCAAGUUUUGCAACGGCACACUUAUAGGACGCCGUCUGGACUCGCUGGGCGAGACCAGUUAAUUGACCUAACUCAAUGCUCUUUUAAUGCAGUGAAAUCACUAAUUUCUCCGCUAAAGUCCGAAGUACAGGUUCCCGCAACACGAACAACAACCUGGAAUGACAAAAAUCACUCGCGGCCCCAAAACUACGGAGCACUUCACCAAAAAGUUCAGUUGAGAUUAUGUGGAGGCAUUGCAGAUUCUGAGAUUUACUCUACACUGCGUUCUCGUCAAGUCGUCUGGCGAUUGCAGGACUUUGAUUUGCAAGACAGCGAAGAGGAAACGAAAUAUCAACUCCUCGAGCUAGAUUUUGAAACCGUGGACUCAAAAGUCGAUCUGUCAACUGCGCCACACCAUCGAUUGUCCGUGAUAAAAUCCCCAACAAGCAUCGCCUCACCAGGUGACUUAUGCGACUUUGAAGUGUCGGUGAAGCGCAAUGCUUCUGUACCGCCCUCUCUCCCACUAUCUGCCAAAAAUCUUAGAGAAAGUCUUCGAGCAAUCGGACUCAAGCCUGCUAGAACUAGAUCAGAGAUGGCGGAACAAAUGGGUUGUGCGUCACAGCACUUGAUCGGGGAAAAUGCACAAGAACAAAGGCAAGGAUUGUUCGACCAGUUCACCCAUCUAGUGGAGCAGUCACCUUCCUUGUUGGAGAAAGUUUACACAUUUGAGCCUCUGGUUCUUAGUGAACUUAUUGACUUCUUGGUUCAAAAGGACCCAUUUAUCGACAAGAUUGAUGACUCUACUAUAAAGCAGUGGGCAGACCAAAUGGGGAUCUGCCUGAGAAGUGCAGCUGAAGAUUAG